UUUGUUGUCAACAUUUUGCCAACCAUUGUAUACAAUGGAGUUGUAUAAUUUCAUAUGUAAUGAUCUGAUAUGUCGCUUGCGUGAUUAAUUACGGAAUUACCAGCAUAUUUUGCAUUUUAGUCUGUUUGACUUUCACUUUGCAUUUGUUGCCGGCUUAAAUAACGACGGCUCUGGAGACACACUUUAAAUUUCAACAUGAACUCAACACCGUCGUCUUCUGAUUCAAGCGCAUCAAAAUCGCUAUCGCUGGUGCUUUCGGAAUCGCUUUCUAACAAGGCUUGCUCCGUUUCAUCAUUGAUUAACUCUUCGAUCUUUAAACUGAUAAUCUUUUUGUCGCAUAGAUUAAGAAAUUUCUGCCUUUUAGAUGGUGGUGCCAUUACAGAAAUCACAACAGUUAUUGCCACUACUGUAAUUUAUACACGUGUAAUUAAUUUUUGAACGCCUCGCAAAUAAAGAAUAGCUGCAGCGUGACAGGCGCAGCGAUGUCUUCGUUAUGCCGGGACAUGAUGCAGACUACUUCAUGUGGCGCCGCAUUUUGCAUUAAAAGUAACUUUUGUUUUCACUUUGGUGGUCAGUUUCUUUCCUGGCACGCAGACAUACUCGUCUUAUCAUUUGUUGACAGCUUUUUGGCUGAUUCAUCGGGUUGUUUUUACUUGUUCUGGCCUUUACGCUACAUGCAUCGAUUACACAGAAGAUUUUGACCACCCAUACUGUACAUGAAUGGAUUUGGCGGAUGCAUGGUUGUACCGUAUGAGUGUUUACAAGUUAACCACACUCGCGACUCAUCUCAUCGUCAGCUGUUCCGCAGACAUUCGGAAGCCGCACGACAGUGCACAGUCCGCACUGUAGUCGCGAGCGCUUUGCUCUAGCAGACUCUGCCAUAUGUAGAACUACAGAUUUGUACAGAUUGUAGAGGUUCGCAUGAUGAUCUGCUCCUGAGAAAAUUCAUGAAAAGUUUCCGGUGAGACAAGUUUAGGUAUCUCCAUUUGCUUUGUACCUGCCUUGAAGAGUUUAUAUAUAAUUAUAAACGCCACCGCCGUCAGUUAACGCACGCGCUUGAAUAGUGUGCAUCAGCGUAUUCUUAUCGUUAAAAGUCAGAUCAAAAUAUAGUUCUCCUAAAGUCAUUCUUCCCGAAGUAUUAAACCAUGUCGACACAAACUGAAAUUCCGGAAGAGGAUAAGCAUCGAUAUGUGUCUCCUGGUGUAUCGCUACCCAAGUUGUCGCUUACAGCGCGAUCUUUUCUCCGUGUAAUUUCGUGCGCAGCGCUGUAUUUUCCGGUGACAUAUUACUUUCCCGCAUGGUACCAUAAAACCAUUUUUCUUUACAUUUGUUGGUAUUUUUGUUACGAUACUGCAAAAACAGGCGGUCGUGCCAGUCCCUGGGUUCGCCAGUGGACGAUCUUCCGCCGCAUCGCCGGAUAUUUUCCGGCUCUGCUGGAGAAAACGUGCGACCUGGACCCGAAUGAGAAGUACGUUCUUGGGUGUCACCCGCAUGGAAUUUGCAUUGGAGCGGCACUUAAUUUUGCAACCGAAGCCACAGGAUUUUCGCAGAUAUUCCCCGACAUUAAACCACAUCUGGUCACGCUCAGCGGCAAUCACCGGAUGCCCGGUGCCCGCGAGUUGCUGCGCUAUUUCGGUACAUCGGAUGCCAGUCCCGAAAAUAUCGACUAUAUUUUACAAAACAGAGGGAAUAUGGUAAUAAUUGUGGUCGGUGGUACAAAAGAGACCUUUUUUAUGGACCACAAGGCUGUGAAUUUGGUGCUUAACAAGCGCAAAGGAUUCGUCAGGAUGGCAAUCAAACACGGUGCGCAUCUCGUUCCAUGUUUUACGUUUGGAGAAACCUUCGUGUACAAAGUGCAUCAUGACGUAUUCCCAGGUUGGUUUAGUCGUUGGUUUAAGCGGAUAUCGGGACACACGCCGAAGGUCUUCUCUGGCCUUUAUGGGUUCAUACCAUUCAAAACACCUCUGAACAUUGUAGUUGGAAGACCAAUAAGCGUAGUUCAAGAUUCCAAUCCAUCACGGGAGAAAAUCGACGCUCUGCAUGCGGUGUAUGUGGAACAGUUACGUGACCUUUACGACAAACAUAAAGAACGAUUUGGGAUGGAAAAUAUUCCGUUGACACUGGUUGAUUAAUUUAGUAAAAUAUUUCCUUACUUCAAUGCUUUCUGUAUGAUCUAAAAUUAACCUUAUGGUUUUGCAUUGAAAUAUUCUGAUCAAGCCAGAAUUAGUAGAGACGUUUGUUUUCAGAGACGAGAAUAAUAAAUCACCAUUAAUUCUGGCGUACUGUACGA